UCUUUCCCAUCCACCAACGAUGUUACCACCGACAGUUGACAAAGGCCGGGGGCAGCGGACCCGGACCAAUGUGAGGCAAUCGAAAUACGGCUGUUUCACCUGCAAGUACCGACGGGUCAAAUGUGACGAAUGGAAGCCGUCCUGCCGACGCUGCUUGUCAGCCAAGCGGCAGUGCUUGGGCUAUCCCCCUGGGGCUCCACCUGGUCCAAGGACUCCAAGGCUUGUUGACACCUCAGACUCCGCGUCCUCACAGACCGACAGCGGCACACCCCCCGGCCCAAACUACAAUCCAAGCAAUCCGCAGAACCGCUUCGUCAGCCUGGCUCGCAGCGUGCUCCGCCACGGGCCCCGUCGAGCAAAGAGCGACGUCGAGGUGUCAUUCUGGACAUAUCUUGUCCCGCAGUUGACGCAGUCCAUCCCGUCCGUGCGAGCGGCUGCCGCGGCAUUUGGAGCGUCGUACGAGAGGCAUGUGUUGCGAGGGGGAGGCGACCGCGCUUGCCCGGAGGUGGAGGCCGUCAAAUGGCACACGCAAGCGUUGCGGCAGAUCCGAGCCGAGGUCUCCGAUGUGUCCGGUCUGCGGAACAGGGCGAUCCCGUGCAUCGUGGCCUGUCUGUUCCUGGCCUUCACCGAGGUUCUGCAGCACCGGACCGACAAGGGCCACUUGCAUCUGCAGGGCGUCUUUGCAUUGCUGAUGACAGCGGCGGGAGCGGGAGCGGAUGGAAAGCUCACGCCGACCGCCGACGAGGACGAGAUAGCGUUGAUUUUCCACAAGCUCGACCUCCAAUCCGCAACCUACGCCCUGGGCCGUCCCCCCAACCUGGCCCCGCCAUCACCUCCCGUCACGGCCGAAGCGUUCCUCCUGGCGCCUCCGGACCGAGUCCUGUUCAGGGUGCUGCACUCGUGUUAUCACUUCACUUCGGCCGCCUACCCAUACAGGUAUGUCAGCCGCCGACUGAUCCCGGCGGAGCUCCUCAUCGAACAGGGCCGCCACCUGGGCCUUCUGCAACACUGGCUCCGGCUCCAUAGUACUACUAGUAGUAUAUUACUCCGUGCCCAGGCCCUCGCCGCGUUUGUGUACGUAGCCACCAUCUUCCAGCCGCACGAGACGGCCUUCGAUGCGCACGGGCCCGAAUUCCAGGAGAUCAUCACCCUCUCGGCCGCGGCACUCCUCGACGAGGGGACGGAGACGGAGACGGAGCGUGCCUGUCCCAGCAGCAGCAGCGGUCUUCUUCCUCGUCUGCCAGCCUUUAGUCCCGAGAUGGGCAUCAUCCAGCCGCUAUUCUUCGCCGCGCUGAAGUACAGGCAUCCCAUGUGGCGCCGCAAGGCGCUGGGCCUGCUGCGGAAGAGCGGCAGGGAGGGGCCGUGGUGUGGGGAGGUCGAGGCGGCGGUGGCGAGCGCGGUGAUCAGGGCGGAAGAAGAGGGGUUACCACCAGUAGUACUACCACCAGGGAAGGAGGAUCAUGUUGCACUUGCGCUGCAGGAACCGAGCCGGGUUGUGGAAGCGCGACGUGUUCAUGCGUGCUCUAUGGCGGUAGUCGCUGAUGGUGGUCGAGAACCGGACAAGGCGAGCCACGACGGCAUUAUCGGUGUAGCGUCAAGACCGACGGUUGUAGAGGUUCGGCUGAGCAGGUGUCGCAAUGUGGACGGCAUGCUCAGUGAGAGCGGGAGAGCGCCGUCUGGGUACCCGUGGAAGGACCAAACGCAUUGGGAGACCUGGAUAGAAACCAUGGAGACUUCCACUGUAUAG